AUGGGGAUUCAGGGUCUGCUCCCAUUGCUCAAGGACGUUCAGAAGUCCGUCCACGUCUCGAGCUAUGCCGGCAAAACUCUCGGUGUGGAUGCCUAUGUCUGGCUCCAUCGCGGAGCAUACGGAUGUGCUCGCGAGAUUGUGCUUGGCGACCCUACUCCACGCUACAUCGCACACGCCAUGAGUCGCAUCCGCAUGUUGCAGCACUUCGGUGUCAAGCCUUACCUCGUCUUCGACGGCGACAAGCUUCCCGCCAAGAGCGGCACCGAAGACGACCGAGAACAGCGUCGAAGCGACAACCUGACACGCGCAAAGGAGCUCGAGCAGCAGGGCAAUAUGCAGCAAGCCCGAGACGUUUACGCGAAAUGCGUCGACAUAACGCCCGAAAUGGCUUUCCAGCUGGUCAAGGUGUUGAAGGAAGAAAACAUCCCCUAUGUUGUGGCGCCAUACGAGGCGGAUGCACAGCUGGCGUACCUCGAAGCUCAGGGCAUCAUCGACGGCAUCAUCACCGAGGACUCCGACUUGCUUGUGUUUGGAUGCAAGACGGUGCUCUUCAAGCUCGACCAGGCAGGCAACGCGGUGGAAAUGCUGCAGCAACGCUUUUGGACCAACCGACACAUUGCGCUUUCCGGCUGGACCGCCGUUGAAUUUCGUCAGAUGGCGAUCCUCUCAGGUUGCGACUACCUGCCCAGCAUCGUGGGCAUGGGACUCAAGAACGCGCAUCGACUGCUUAGGCGGUACAAGACGGUGGACAAGGUGCUGCAGGCCGUGCGCCUCGAGGGCAAGAUGCGUGUGCCGCCCACGUAUGCGCGCGAGUUUCGCAAGGCCGAGCUGACGUUUGUGCACCAGAGGGUGUUUGACCCGCGUACGCAGAAGCUCGUCACGCUGACGCCGUUGCCGGAUGAUACACAUGACGAUAUGCUGCCGUUUAUCGGGGCUGCCAUGGAGGAUAAGGUGGCCAGAGGUGUGGCUGAUGGUAGCAUAGAUCCGAUUGCGCGCACGCCGAUUGUGGACAGGGUGCCCAAGACGAUAGGUGCGCGCAGUAGUUCGGCUGGAAAUGUCGCGUCGAUGCAUGGUGUGCCAACCACGGCUGCUUCGGGCGUGCACUCGCUGCAUAGGAGUGCUACGGCUCCGACGACUUUCAGUGCUGGAGGCAAUGGCAGUGGCAGUGGCAGUGGCAGUGGCAGUGGCAGUGGCAGCUUUUACAAGUCGUCGGUUGGUGCAUCAUCGUCUAGUGCCAAGAACAAGCUGGUCAGCAAGGAGACCGGGCUGCAGAGCCUCACCAGCUUUUUCCGUACUGCGAAAACCGACGGCACCAGCACACAAGUCAAGAAUGCUGUCGGCAGCCGCACCAGCACCAGCACCAGCACCAGCACCAGCACCAGCACCAGCAGGACACACAAGCAAGAACGUGUGCCUCUUGCGCCGCUGGAUAUCAACCGGAGCGAGUCAACGGCAGCACCAGGACCACCAGCAAAGGCGCCAGAGCUAGUGGACGCGAAAGCGAAAGCAACGCAGAGCAAGUUUUUCGCGUCCAAGGCUGCUGCAGUAUCGUCCUCGCAUGAUGCAAAGAUGGAUCAUGCGUAUCUGCAUUUAGGAGGCCAGUUGACACCGCCGAAAGCGCGACAAGAUCCAAACGAUUCCGGUUACUGGGACGACGAGUGUGAUGACUUGCGCGACUUUGUCAAGUCGAGCAGUCCGGUCCGUGCGGCGUCGGUGGCCAGCGAGUCGCAGCCGCUCGUGAUGGAUACGCAGGAGCUGUGGCAGACGCAGACACAGCAAAUUGAUAUACAGGUGGUGGAGAGUGUAGCAGCUACGCAGGUGGUGGUAGUGCCGCAGACGCCGUCCAGGGGUAGCAGAAAACGAAUGCAUUCAGCGACUUUGACGGAAUGCGAGGUGGAGUUGUCUUCGCCGGAAAGCGCGAUGGGGAGUGGCUUCAUCUCAUCGCCUGCGUCGUCAUCGGUGCGCGGGGAAGGUGGUGACGGUCCGAGUGUCAGGAGGGCAAGCGCGGAUGCUUUAGCGAUUGCUAGUCAGGCAGGAGAGGAGGAGGAGGAGGAAGAGGACGACGUGGUGCAAGCCGAGCCGAUGACACCGUUGGCUAUGCGCAGUGGUGGGGUGCGCAAGCCGAUGCUGCAUACCAGUGCGAGCUUGUCCAAGCUGGAAGCGUUUCGGUACAGCGCUCAGACGCCUCAACAGCAGCAAUUAUCCAGCGAAGGAGCGAGACGAGCGACGGUGCCAAGACGGUCGACGGACGUUCCUGCAAGCAUUGCGAACGGGCUCUCGCCGUCGGUUCUCAAGCUUGCCUCAGCCUCAGUAAACACGCGCACGCCAUUGACAGCGAGCAGGCCGAACAAGGUUCUCAAGCGGAGUCCGACACUGUUGCUGGGUGAGCAAGGCGAGGAGGCGGACAACACCAGCCGUGGACGCGGUGGUGGUGGUGGUGGCGGCGGUGGUGGUGGCAGUGGCGGCCUGUUUGACAGGUUCCGAUUUACAGAAUCGGCUCGGACAUCCAACGCGAAGCAGUUUCCGUUCUAG